GCCAUCUUCGCCGCCGAGCCCGCCGGUCCCGCUCGCAGCGCCGCCGCCCCGCAGGCCGCCCGUCCAUGGCCAGCUUUCCCCCGAGUGUCAACGAGAAGCUCAUCGCACGGUCCCGCACGGUAGGAGAGCUCCUGGCCCCCACGGCUCCCUUCGACAAGAAGUGUGGGCGGGAGAACUGGACAGUGGCGUUCGCUCCCGAUGGCUCGUACCUGGCGUGGUCGCAGGGACACCGCAUAGUGAAGCUGGUCCCCUGGGCACAGUGCCUCAGUAACUUUCUGCUGCACAGCACAAAGAAUGGUGCAAACCCUGUCGGCACAAGGCUCCCGAGGCAGAACAGUGAGGGCGGGCAGAAGAACAAGCCCUGCGAGCACGUCAUCGACUGCGGGGACAUCGUGUGGAGCCUGGCCUUCGGCUCCUCGGUGCCGGAGAAGCGGAGCCGCUGCAUCAACAUCGAGUGGCACCGCUUCAAAUUCGGGCAGGACCAGCUGCUCCUGGCCACCGGCCUCAACAACGGCCGCAUCAAGAUCUGGGAUGUCUACACAGGAAAACUCCUCCUGAACCUGAUGGACCACACGGAAGUUGUCAGAGAUUUAACCUUUGCCCCUGAUGGCAGCCUGAUUUUAGUGUCUGCAUCCAGAGACAAAACCCUGCGGGUGUGGGACCUGAAAGAUGACGGAAAUAUGAUGAAGGUGUUGAGAGGCCAUCAGAACUGGGUGUAUGGCUGUGCAUUCUCACCAGACUCCUCCAUCCUCUGUUCUGUUGGAGCUAGUAAGGCAGUUUUCCUCUGGGAUAUGGAUAAAUACUCCAUGUUACGGAAACUUGAAGGACAUCACAAUGAUGUUGUAGCUUGUGAUUUCUCUCCUGAUGGAGCAUUACUGGCUACUGCAUCCUAUGAUACUCGAGUCUGUGUCUGGGAUCCACAUAUUGGAGUUAUUCUUAUGGAAUUUGGGCACCUGUUCCCCGCUCCCACGCCGAUAUUCGCCGGCGGCGCCAACGACCGCUGGGUGCGAGCCGUGUCCUUCAGCCACGACGGGCUGCACGUGGCCAGCCUGGCCGACGACAAAAUGGUGAGGUUCUGGAGAAUUGAUGAAGAAUACCCUGUACAAGUUGCACCUCUGAACAACGGGCUCUGCUGUACUUUCUCUACUGAUGGCAGUGUUCUCGCUGCAGGGACCCAGGACGGCAGCGUGCACUUCUGGGCCACCCCCCGGCAGGUGGCCAGCCUGCAGCACCUGUGCCGCCUGGCCAUCCGCAGGGUGAUGCCCACCGGCCACGUCAGGAACCUGCCCAUCCCAGCCAAGGUGGUGGAGUUCCUUUGCUACCAGAUCUGAUUUUUUGGAGAAGAAGAAAAAAAACCAAUUCCAGCUGGCAGGUGGCCCAGCUGCUGAAACUGGCUACAAACACUUCACAGGAUCCUCAAACUGUACAGCCUUUAAGCUUAAAACUCUACAGGUAUUCAAGAGCUAUUUAAAGUGAUAACCUAAAUACUAUUUUAUCAAAAUGCCUGACAGGUAAUUUUUUUACUAUUUAUAGAAAACACAGUAGAAGUAUUCCUGGUGUUCUCAAUUUUCUAAGAUGUAACUGUGAAAACAUGUACAUAUAUAGACAUAAGCUGCUACAUGUUAUCAUUGUACCUUUAAAAGUUGCUUCCCUGAUGUUUCCUGUGUCUCAUGUUUAUAUUGCUUUGGUAGAGCCAUGGUGCAUCUAUGCUGUAAGUGGAAGGAAAACUGUUAUUCUGGGACAUUGAGGUAGGAAAAUUAUUGACUUACAGAGCAGUUAAGCUUCCUUCUGUAUAUUGGUUGGGGUCAGGAAACUGAGCCCAGGUCAGACUUUGUGCUAGUUUCUUUGUGAGGAGGUACAGCUUGGCUUUGUAGAGCAGUUUGUGUGUGCUGGUUUAA